ACCACAGCUGAGAAAACUAAAUCGUCUCUCGGGGUACAUAAAGAAAUCGGCGUAGGGAUUGGCUCGUCUGAACAGUCGGUCUCUUGAUCGAAUCGAGAUACGAUGGGUCUCAAUCUUGCUCUUCCCCUCUCGGCUUUCUUCUACCUGUUACCAUCGAAUAUAUCUUCCGACUUUGGAAAAGCAGCGACAACUGCAACCAAUGGAGCGACUGAACUGGAGCAAUUAAACGAUAUUGUCGCUAUUAUUGACGUGCCGACAGAAAUUCGCAAAGAAAACGGGAAGGUCGAAGAUGGGCAAGGUUACAGUGGACCUUUAUAUCCGUUGGGAAUAAUAAAACCCACAAUAGGUACCGAUGGAACGAAACUCAACGUGGAUUUUCGGGCUAAAGUAGAAUCGAAAAAGCAUCCCGAUCACGCAGGCAUCUCGAUGAAUGUCCAGCUCGCGAAACAAGGAGACAUUCAACAGUCGCACGAUGUGUCAUCGGAAAAGGAUAAGGAACUUUCGUCAGAAGAUCAACGGAUUAAGAGUCUAACGAGAGUUUUCCUCAAAAACGGAAAUACGAAGGAUGCGAACGUCCUUCACCUGUCGGAUAUUACAGAUACUUUAAUAGAAAAGUCCGCCAAAGGGAAUAAGCAGGUCGCGUCGAGGAAUGCGGAUGGAAAAAAUAGUGCCCUUAAUCGCAUGAAAAAAAAGAAUUAUAUCCGACUCUGCAGGAGAUCAAUUGACGGAUCGACGGAGAAUCUGAUGCAGAAAUUACGCGAUUGCUUGAAGCUUUCGAGGAGCGACUUUUAUCUCGAGCACGAUACAAAGAUUACAAAUGAGAAAAAGAAUAUGACUGGACUCGUAGGAUUAAGAAUCGAGACAAAAAAUAGCAACGGAAAUGAUUACAAAGACUCCGAAAGCGACGAACAUAAACAGCAAAACAAAGUGACAGAGACUCUUAUUAUUCCAGACGAUUCCAUCAAUUAUGAAGAAGUGAACUCUAAAGUAGACAAUAAUCUUGGAAUUAGUCUGAAAAUCAAGAAAUCAGUGGUUGAUGGUAAAAUCGAUAAACUCGAGCUAAUACAUUAAAAACGUGAGAAAAUUAUGAUUAACUUAAUGUUACGAGUCAAUCUCGAUUAAUUUAAAUUAUCUCACAUAUCUAUUCGUAUGUAAGAUAAAUAAA